AUGGUCGCUGGUAUGACCCCUACCACCGUCCCCUGGGACUUCGUGGCCGCCACCAUGAACGCUGGCUACCACAUUGAGUUGGCCGGUGGUGGUUACUACAACGCGAAGACCAUGACCGCCGCCAUCAACAAGAUCGAGAAGGUUAUCCCGCCUGGCCGCGGUAUCACCGUUAACUUGAUCUACGUCAACCCCCGUGCCAUGGCUUGGCAGAUUCCUCUCAUCGGCCGCCUGCGUGCCGAGGGUGUCCCCAUCGAGGGUCUGACCAUCGGUGCCGGUGUCCCCUCCAUCGAGGUCGCCAACGAGUACAUCGAGACUCUCGGUAUCAAGCACAUUUCCUUCAAGCCCGGCUCCGGUGAUGCCAUUCAGCAGGUCAUCAACAUCGCCAAGGCCAACCCCAAGUUCCCCAUCAUCCUGCAGUGGACCGGUGGCCGUGGCGGUGGUCACCACUCCUUCGAGGACUUCCACCAGCCUAUCCUCCAGAUGUACAGCCGUAUCCGCAAGCAGGACAACAUUGUCUUGGUUGCUGGUAGUGGUUUCGGUGGUGCUGAGGACACCUACCCUUACCUCUCUGGUGCUUGGUCCGCCAAGUUCGGCUACCCUCCCAUGCCCUUCGAUGGUUGCUUGUUCGGUAGCCGCAUGAUGAUCGCCAAGGAGGCUCACACUUCCAAGAACGCGAAGAAGGCCAUCGCUGAGGCCCCCGGUGUCGAUAACGAGGAGUGGGAGAAGACCUACAAGGGUGCUGCCGGUGGUAUCAUCACUGUCCUCUCCGAGAUGGGUGAGCCCAUCCACAAGCUGGCUACCCGUGGUGUCCUGUUCUGGCAGGAGAUGGACCAGAAGAUCUUCAAGCUCGACAAGGCCAAGCGUGUCCCUGAGCUCAAGAAGCAGCGCAACUACAUCAUCAAGAAGCUCAAUGAUGACUUCCACAAGGUGUGGUUCGGCCGCAACGCCGCUGGCGAGACUGUUGACCUUGAGGACAUGACCUAUGCCGAAGUCGUCCACCGCAUGGUGGAUCUGAUGUACGUCAAGCACGAGUCUCGUUGGAUUGACGACUCGCUCAAGCGUCUGACUGGUGACUUCCUGCGCCGUGUUGAGGAGCGCUUCACCACUGCCGAUGGCCAGGCUUCCCUGCUCCAGAACUACUCCGAGCUCGACACCCCUUACCCCGCCGUUGACACCAUUCUGGCUGCCUACCCCGAGGCUGCUAAACAGCUGAUCAACGCUCAGGAUGUUCAGCACUUCCUGCUGCUUUGCCAGCGCCGUGGCCAGAAGCCCGUUCCUUUCGUCCCUGUCCUGGAUGAGAACUUCGAGUACUUCUUCAAGAAGGACUCCCUCUGGCAGAGUGAAGACCUCGAGGCCGUUGUCGACCAGGAUGUCGGCCGUACCUGUAUUUUGCAGGGCCCCAUGGCUGCUCGCUUCUCCAACAUCAUUGACGAGCCUGUCAAGGACAUCCUCGGCGGUGUCCACCAGGGCCACAUUGCCGGUCUGAUCCGCGAUGUCUACGCUGGUGACAAGUCCAAGAUCCCCGUUAUUGAGUACUUCGGUGGCAACCUGGUUGACGACGCCGAUGAGCCCGAGGUCGAGGGUCUGACUGUCUCCGAGGAGACCAACAAGGUCAGCUUCCGUCUGUCCUCUUCUACCUCCGCCGACCUGCCCAGCCUCGACCGCUGGCUCCGCCUGCUCGCUGGCAACACUUACUCGUGGCGCCACGCCCUGUUCCUGGCCGAUGUGUUCGUCCAGGGCCACCGGUUCCAGAGCAACCCCAUGAAGCGCAUUGUCGCCCCCACUGCUGGUCUCUACGUGGAGAUCACCAACCCUAACGACCCCGCCAAGACUGUCGUUAGCGUGCGUGAGCCCUACCAGUCCGGCAAGCUGGUCAAGACCGUCGAGGCCAAGGUCAACGAGAAUGGUCAGAUCUCUCUGACCAUGUUCGAGGGCCGCACUGCCGAGGGUGGUGUCGUUCCUCUGACUUUCCUCUUCACCUACCACCCCGAGACCGGUUAUGCCCCCAUCCGUGAGGUCAUGGGCGACCGCAACGACCGCAUCAAGGAGUUCUACUACCGCAUCUGGUUCGGCAACAAGGAUGUGCCCUUCGACACUCCUACCACUGCCACUUUCAACGGUGGUCGUGAGACCAUUACCAGCCAGGCUGUUGCUGACUUUGUCCACGCCGUUGGUAACACCGGUGAGGCCUUCGUUGACCGUCCCGGCAAGGAGGUCUUCGCUCCCAUGGAUUUCGCCAUUGUCGCUGGCUGGAAGGCCAUCACCAUGCCCAUCUUCCCUCGCACCAUUGACGGUGAUCUGCUGAAGCUGGUUCACUUGUCUAACGGCUUCAAGAUGAUCCCCGGCGCUCAGCCUCUGAAGGUUGGCGACGUUCUGGACACCACUGCCCAGAUCAACGCCGUCAUCAACCAGGAGUCCGGCAAGAUGGUUGAGGUCUGCGGUACCAUCAAGCGUGAUGGCAAGCCCAUCAUGCAGGUUACCAGCCAGUUCCUGUACCGCGGUGCCUACUCGGACUUCGAGAACACCUUCCAGCGCAAGGAUGAGGUUCCCAUGCAGGUUCACCUCGCCACUAGCCGCGAUGUUGCCAUCCUCCGCUCCAAGGAGUGGUUCCGCAUGGACGAGUCCGACAUUGAGCUCCUUGGCCAGACCCUCACUUUCCGUCUGCAGAGCUUGAUCCGCUUCAAGAACCAGACUGUCUUCAGCAACGUCCAGACCAUUGGUCAGGUCCUUCUGGAGCUCCCCACCAAGGAGGUCAUCCAGGUUGCCUCCGUCGACUACGAGGCUGGUGUCUCUCACGGUAACCCCGUGAUUGACUACCUCCAGCGUAACGGUACCUCCAUCGAGCAGCCCGUCUACUUCGAGAACCCCAUCCCUCUGAGUGGCAAGACUGCUCUGGAGCUGCGUGCCCCGGCCUCCAACGAGACCUACGCCCGCGUCUCUGGUGACUACAACCCCAUCCACGUCUCUCGUGUCUUCUCCAGCUACGCCAACUUGCCCGGUACCAUCACUCACGGCAUGUACAGCAGUGCUGCCGUCCGUUCCCUCGUGGAGACUUGGGCCGCUGAGAACAACAUUGGCCGUGUUCGUGGCUUCCACGCUUCCCUUGUCGGCAUGGUUCUGCCCAACGACAUGGUCACCGUCAAGCUGCAGCACGUCGGUAUGAUUGCUGGUCGCAAGAUCAUUAAGGUCGAGGCCAGCAACAAGGAGACCGAGGAGAAGGUUCUUGUCUGCGAGGCCGAGGUUGAGCAGCCCGUUACCUCUUACGUCUUCACUGGCCAGGGUUCUCAGGAGCAGGGCAUGGGUAUGGAGCUCUACGCUAGCAGCCCCGUCGCCAAGGAGGUCUGGGACCGUGCCGAUCGCCACUUCAUGGAGAACUACGGUCUGUCCAUCAUUGACAUCGUCAAGAACAACCCCAAGGAGCUCACCGUCUACUUCGGUGGUCCUCGUGGUAAGGCCAUCCGCCAGAACUACAUGGCCAUGACCUUCGAGUCUGUGAACGCCGACGGCUCCAUCAAGUCCGAGAAGAUCUUCAAGGAGGUUGAUGAGGACACCGCCUCUUACACCUACCGCUCACCCACCGGUCUGCUGUCCGCCACUCAGUUCACCCAGCCCGCCCUCACCCUCAUGGAGAAGGCCAGCUUCGAGGACAUGCGCUCCAAGGGUCUAGUUCAGCGUGACAGCAGCUUCGCCGGUCACUCCCUGGGUGAAUACUCGGCCCUUGCUGCCCUUGCCGACGUCAUGCCCAUUGAGAGCUUGGUCUCCGUCGUGUUCUACCGUGGUCUGACCAUGCAGGUUGCUGUCGAGCGUGACGAACAAGGUCGCUCCAACUACUCCAUGUGCGCUGUCAACCCCAGCCGUAUCUCCAAGACCUUCAACGAGCAGGCCUUGCAGUACGUCGUCGAGGUCAUCUCCGAGCAGACUGGCUGGCUUCUGGAGAUUGUCAACUACAACGUUGCCAACAUGCAGUACGUUGCUGCUGGUGAUCUCCGCGCCCUCGACUGCCUUACCAACCUCCUGAACUUCCUUAAGGCCCAGAACAUCGACAUCCCCGCUCUGAUGCAGAGCAUGUCGCUUGAGGACCUGAAGGCUCACCUGGUCAGCAUCAUCCAGGAGUGCGUCAAGCAGACCGAGGCCAAGCCCAAGCCCAUCCAGCUGGAGCGUGGUUUCGCCACCAUCCCCCUCAAGGGCAUCGACGUCCCCUUCCACAGCACUUUCCUGCGCUCCGGUGUCAAGCCCUUCCGCUCCUUCUUGCUCAAGAAGAUCAACAAGACCACCAUCGACCCCUCCAAGCUGGUUGGCAAGUACAUCCCCAACGUCACUGCCCGUCCCUUCGAGAUCACCAAGGAGUACUUCGAGGACGUCUACCGCCUCACCAACUCUCCCCGUAUCGCCGCCAUCCUGGCCAACUGGGAGAAGUAUGAGGAGGGCACUGAGAACGCUGCCCGCGCUUAG